AUGUGCCCCCAGGAGAGUUCCUUCCAGCCCUCCCAGUUCCUCCUGCUGGUGGGGAUCCCAGUGGCGAGUGCUCUCCUUCUGGUUCAGUGCCUUCGCUGGUAUCGCUCUCGCUGGCUGCUGGGGACCUGUCUGAAGCCAGAUGGGCAAGAAGAGCCAGUGUCCCCGUCCACCCCACUACCAGAAUAUGAUGCUCCAAGGCAGUGUCCACCGGCCACACUGCCAGAGAUAGCUGCCUUCUACCAGGAAUUGCACAUGCCCACCCAGGGCCAGACCAUCAUCCGCCAGCUGAUGAACAAACUGUUGGUGUUUUCGGCUCGAGAGGUGGAUCACCGCGGCGGUUGCCUGAUACUCCAGGAUACAGGCAUUUCCCUGCACAUCCCUCCAGGUGCUGUGGCCGUGGGCCGCCAGGAGCGGGUAUCCUUGAUUCUGGUGUGGGACCUGUCAGAUGCCCCGUCACUGUCCAGGUCUCAGGGACUGGUGAGCCCUGUGGUAGCAUGUGGCCCCCAUGGAGCCUCCUUUCUGCAGCCCUGCACCCUCACAUUCAAGCACUGUGCCCAGCAGCCCAGCUACGCCCGCACCUACAGUAGCGACACCUCCCUGCUAGAUGCCAAGGCCUGGAGGCCCCUGGGUCGGCCCGGGGCCCACACGUCCCUGGAUGAGUGCCGCAUCCUCCUCUCCCACUUCAGCCUGUACACCUGCGUGCUAGAGGCGCCUGUGGGGCAGGCUGCCCGUAAAUGGCUGCAGCUGGCCGUCUUCUGCUCGCCGCUGGUGCCUGGGCAGUCCCACCUGCAGCUGCGUGUUUACUUCCUGAACAACACGCCCUGCGCCCUGCAGUGGGCGGUGACCAACGAGCAGCCCCACGGUGGGCGCCUGCGCGGGCCCUGCCAGCUCUUCGACUUCACUGGGGCCAGAGGUGACCAGUGCCUGAAGCUCAAGUACAUUUCUGAGGGUUGGGAGAAUGUGGAUGACAGCAGCAGCCAGCUGGUUCCCCAUCUCCACAUCUGGCAUGGAAAGUGCCCCUUCCGCUCCUUCUGCUUCCGGAGAAAAGCAGUCAAUGAGAACGAGGACUGCUCAGCAUCAACCAAUGAGAUCAUUGUCACCAUGCACACCUUCCAGGAUGGCUUGGAAACCAAGUACAUGGAGAUCCUCAGAUUCCAGGCAUCAGAGGAAGAGUCCUGGGCAGCACCACCCCCUGUCUCCCAGCCACCCCUGUGCAAUAGGCUGCCCCCAGAGCUCUUUGAGCAGCUGCAGAUGUUGUUGGAGCCAAACAGCAUCACGGGUAAUGACUGGCGACGACUGGCCUCUCACCUGGGGCUCUGUGGCAUGAAAAUCCGGUUCCUGUCCUGCCAGCGCAGCCCCGCCGCCGCCAUCCUGGAGCUGUUUGAGGAGCAGAAUGGCAGUCUGCAGGAGCUGUACGACCUCAUGACCGCCAUGGAGCGGCUGGACUGCGCCUCGGUCAUCCAGAACUACCUGAGCCAGACACCCAGAGGCAGCCCAGCCCCCGCCCGUGGGGCCGCCCUGGAGAACCAGGGCUUGGAGCUGGACGAGAAGCUCUGA